GCUGCAGGUAGGCCGGCCCCUGGGAGGAGGAGCGCCGCCAGGUGCUUCCCCAGGUAGCCGCUGCCUCCUUUUACCACUGAGCGGCUCCGCGGCCUCUUGGGCUCCAGGCAGGAAAUCGGGUCUCGCACGUCCCGGGCUGGCCAGGGCGCCCCUCCGCUAACCCCAGGCGCUUCCUCGGCCAGAGCGCUGCACCUCCCCCAGGCCUUGGGGAGAACGAGGUCCGGAGCGUCACCGAUAUUUGGCCGGGACGCCAAGGAGGAGAUUCUGGCGGCCGCAGGCACUACCCUACUACGAGGCUCGGGCCGGCGAGCUGCGGGAACAUGCGUCCGGAUCUGCAGUUUGUUUGAUCGUUGCUGGACUAUGUUUGCACUUAGGAUUCUACUUAGCCUACUGCCCAUAGCUACCUUCGCGUUUCCUCAUUGCACAAGAAGUCCAGAUGCUGGGGAAGAAGUCUUUACAUCAAAAGAAGAAGCAAACUCUUUCAUACACAGACACCUGCUAUAUAACAGGUUUGAUCUGGAGCUCUUCACUUCUGGCGACGUAGAAAGAGAGUGCUACGAAGAACUUUGUAAUUAUGAGGAAGCCAAGGAGAUUUUUGUGGAUGAAGAUAAAACGAUGGCAUUUUGGCAGGAAUAUUCGAUUAAACGACCAACCACAAAAUCAGGUGGUAACAGCGAGAAAAUUGAUGUUAUAGGCCUUCUGACUGGACUAAUUGCUGCCGGAGUAUUUUUGGUUAUUUUUGGAUUACUUGGUUACUAUCUUUUUAUCACUAAGUGUAGCAGACAACAGCAUCCAGGUUCUUCAGGCACCUACAUAAGAAGGGGCAGGCAGACUCCCUCCAUCAUUUUCAGAUCCGAGGAGGCCGUCUUGUCUCCACCACCACCUUCCAUGGAGGACACAGGAUUACCUUCUUACGAACAGGCAAUGGCACUGACCAGAAAACAUAAUGUUUCGCCGCCACCACCAUACCCUGGACCAGCAAAAGGCUUCAGGGUAUUUAAAAAGUCUAUGUCUUUCCCAUCUCACUAAACCUGCCUUGCCAUCCUGGUGGUGCAGAUUCAUGUUAUUUGAAUUGUUCAUUUUCCUCAAACCAUAAAGACAUGUCAAUUCAGCCCUUUAUGACAAACUGCAAGAAGGAGGAAUAAGCAUGAGUACUACCCCAAAGAAGUUCUGUCAGCAUCUUGGACCUGAACUUGAUCAUGAUCAGCAUGAUAAGAAACUUGGACUCCAUAUCCUUGCAGUUACGAGAGAGCACUUUUUUUGUUCUUUUAAUUGUUUCCAAAAAAUCUGCACUAUGGAUGUCAUAGCUAAAAUGGAUGAAAUAGCUGUAUCCUUUGUGCAAAUAAAGGUUGUAGUUUUUUGUGUUGAAUAUUAAAAAAGUAAGAAUUCCUAAUCAUUAGAUUAUCCCAAGUCAUAAUAUUGGGCCCACUCUUUAUUAGAAUUCCUUGUUGGUUGCAAAUAUUUCACAGAUUUUGACAUUUCAUUAUCAAUUUGUAGUCUUAAUAUAAUGACUUGGUUUUAUAUUUUAAAUUAUUGCAUGGCAUUCAUUAUAUUUUGCAGGUUUUAAAUAACUCUGUUUAAGAGUUUUUAACUCUUGCUAUCAGUCAUGUUUCAUUAUGAGGAGUGGGAUCAGUAAUUUUCUUUAAAAAAAAAAAACACUUGCUAGGGAGUUAGAUCUUCAGAAGAUUGCAAUGGCAAGGAUUUGCAAGAACAGUUAUACUAACAAAUAAAUAAGCCUCAAAUCUAGGAGUGACUAAAACUUGAUAAUGUUACCUGUAUUACUGAUGGGUAGACACACCUAUUUUAUUAUUAAAUUAGCGAUAUAUAACUAUAUCUGCAUAUAAUUAUUUAUCUUGAAAAUUUGUUGCAUUUUCUACAUAGUAGCUUGAGAACCUAGAAAAAGUAAUUUACUCUUCUACUUUUAAAAUAAUAUUGAUUAUAAAGUUACCAGCAAUCCCUUGUAUCUCUUAAUGUCUGGACACAAAACACCACAGAAAACCAUUUUAAUUUAUACUUUGUCUCUUCUUCUAAUCGUGUAUGUGACCAGUCUCUCUUUAAGAAUGCCGUCGAAUAUAAGCUAUAAACAUCUAGAGUGAGAGUGUGCACACAAAUUUAUGUGGGUGGGUAUGUAUAUAUGUGUGAAUGUGUUUGCUCUUUGCAGGAGCUAAAGAAAUACAACUAUAAAAUUUAACAAUGAGAUCCAGGAUCAAGAAAGGAAGGAAGAAGGGGAGGGAGAGAGAGGGAAGAAGAGAAGAGAAAUAUCCUUCUGAGAAAUAGAGCAGAAAAUUCUGUUCUUUGUUUUUACAAGGCAUUGCAUUUUUCUAUUAUUUAAGAUCAUUUGUAAGAUUGUAUUUUAUUUUAUAAUUUUUACAGAGGUGAGACUAAAACCCACAUGCAUUUGAUAAUUCCAAAUUAAAUGUUUCAAAAGUGUAAGUCGUGUUAUGGUAGGUAUGUGUCUCUCCUUUAAGAUAGCAUGAUCUUAAGGCAGAUAAAAGCAAUUUCUUAACCAUUACAUGCUGCCAAUGACAUUGCCCUUUUAGGGCCUUGUGUCUCUUUUUUUGCUUGUCGCAAAGAAAUCAUCUAGAAGACACCUACAUUACCUAUAAAAGUUUUACCAUUAGUCAUACCGUGGCUUUACAUAAGCACUUUUCCUCAUGUAACUUUGCACCUUGCACUUUGCACUUACUUUAAUCCUCUUUAACAGGUCAGAGGCCAACUCUCCUUGGCUCACUUUCUAACAAUCAGACUAAGUCAUAGAAGGAUAACUUGGCCAAAAUCUCACAUGUUGUUGAGAGCUAGGUUUAGAAUGAGCAGGCACACUUUCCUAGGCACAUCUUGUACCUAUAAAAUUAGACUGUGUCAAAUUAUGAGAUCCAGGGAUAUCGUUACUUAAUUCUAAA